AUGGCCGAUGUAAUAGCGAGAAUCGUCGGGCUUUCCAGUGAGCAAAUUGAAGAGGUACGGUAGGGAAACUAUUUGUGGCAGGACCCAGUACUGUAGUUUUUCUCAGAAAGCUUUGAAAUUACCUGUUUUUCAACUAAAAAUAAGUUCUUAAGUAAUGGACAAUUCAAAACUUGAAUGUUAAUUUCACGCGUGCUUGAAAAUUAGCCAAAUUAAGCUUUCAAGAUCUAUUUUUCGUGAGUGCUUUUUUUGGACUGUGCCUUGUUCUGAAAGACCAUCUAUAGUGUUUCAGGUGAUUCGUGAGCAGAAUGAGCACAUUUGGAAGUUUGUAUCUCGUCUUGUGGAUCAUGUGGUCGCCAGUAAUUACACUGGUUAUACGGGUGAGCAUUUGAUAAUAUAUAUCUGAAAAAAAUUGAACAUUUUGACCUACUUUCCGAUCUGUCGGGGUCCUAGGCUCCCAGUUCCGUGUUUGGGCUCAUUGUGCCCCUCGCGCCGAGCCCAAUCUGAUCGUAGGAGUACAAAACGCGGACGGUCAAAAGCAAUGCGACGUGGAAGGGGUAGAGAAUCGAACCCGAGUCGCCGACUCCCGCUAGAUGCCGUGUGCUAUCCACCCAACCAUCGUCGCCUGAUUCUCAUGGCCCCGGCGCGCGCCACAUAGCAUGUACACUUUUCGCAUGCAUGUGCCUGCCUUUUUUUCGUUUUUCUUUCUGUUUCCCCUUGGCUCAUGCACACACACACAACCACAAAGUAGCACAAAAGCGCGGCGGAGCACUGCGUCUCUCCCGACGGAGCAGAAAAGAUCACAAAAAACGGGAGAGGAGCUAGGCGCCAUGGCCCGCGGGGAUCGGAGUGUAUGCUCCGGGGGAGAGCGCAGAGAAGCCAGAGGGAAACAGAGCCAUUUGUAGUUUCAUGACGGAAAGGGAAGCACGGAGCAGACGCUAGUUGACUCGGCAGAUAAGAAAACUAAAAAACGUACAGUACUCUGAAAAAAAAUUGAACCUAAUAUCCUUUAUUUCCAGAUAACUGUUCAUCUGCGCACACUUCCGAAGAGCAGGCUCGCCAGGAACUCUCCCGAGGGCUCAACAGUCCAAGUGCAGCCUCCAAAUCACUAUGGGCCUUGGCUCUAGCCCGAAAAAUUGUGCUCGGCGAGCAGAACCGUCCGUCGGAAGCCCUCCUCCCCAUUCUCAGUUUCUACCUCGUUUGGCAGCAAUUACUCGUCGACCCGGAACAUUCGAUCCGAGAAGAAAUUACUCCGAUUGUGAGCACCCGACAACGUUCAACGAACAUCUUCUCAUUUUCAGAUGGAUAAACUGAGAUUAGAUUUGAGCGGAAGAACGGAAGAAGAACGGACGAAGUGCCUCCUCCAAAUGGCCUCGAUUCAUUUCCAAUUCUACGAGUACGACAAAGCGGACGAGUUCAUUCAAAAAGCCGGAGAGACGUGUCAUCUGAAUGUCGACCUGACCGGAAUGCUCGGGAAACGAACGAGAUUUCAGCACAGGGACAUUGCCCAGUUGGUACUGGUGCACAAGGUAAUUGACCUCUCCGUAGCCCGAACUUUUCAUCUUCUUGCAGGAUCCAUCCUCGAUCAGUGCUGUCCUGCCCGCCGACUCUGACAUUCCACAAUCGUGUGAUCUGAACGACGACACUCUUCUGGAGCAAGUGACGACUUCGGAAGAAGGCGCUCGCGUGGACGGACGGACUCUCUCGGCUCCACAACUCGCCUGCCUCCUCUGGAUUUCGCGCCACGAGUCGGCUACGCAUCGCCACGACGUCUUAGUGGACGAGCGUUGUUCUCCGUUCCUGGAAACUGUCAUCUCCGCGCGACGCGACUGGAGCAUCCAAUCGGCCGCUCUUCUUCUCCGUGCGGAUCUCGAAAAGGGCCGUGGUCGACGCGUCGAUCGUUCUUGCGUGCAAAGUGAGCUCGUUGUGAAACUGCAACAGGGAGUGGAUGAUCCGGUGGAAGUGGAAAAGCGAAGGGCAAGAACAGAAUAUGCUCUCACCUCGGGACUCCCUCCGUUCUGGCAGUCCAGCGUACUUCUCGCGGAGAUUCUCAAGUCUCUCGGAUGCACUUCUGAAGCCCUUCUGAUCCUUGAGAGGUUGGAGAUGUGGGACGGCGUGGUCGAAUGCUACAAGCAGCUCGGCCAAAUCGACAAGGCCGAGACUCUGAUCCGUCGGCUCAUUGAGCAGAAGCCAGAGGACUCGAUGCUCCAAGUCUACCUCGGAGAUAUCACCCGUAAUCCCGAGUACUUCCUCAAGGCCAUCGAACUAUCAAAUGACCGGAACGCCCGAGCUCACCGUUCCCUCGGUCACCUCCUUCUCAUGGAUAAAAAGUUCGAGGAAGCGUACAAACAUCUCCGCCGGAGCCUCGAACUUCAGCCCAUCCAACUCGGCACCUGGUUCAACGCAGGUUACUGUGCUUGGAAAUUGGAAAACUUCAAAGAAUCCACACAGUGUUAUCAUCGGUGCGUCUCCCUCCAACCGGAUCAUUUCGAAGCGUGGAACAACCUGUCGGCCGCCUACAUUCGAUACGGACAAAAGGAAAAAGCGUGGAAACUUCUGCAGGAAGCUCUCAAAUACAACUACGAGCAUCAAAAUGUAUGGGAGAAUUUCAUGCUGCUGUCUGUGGACGUCGGGGCGUUCUCGCAGGCCAUUGCGGCCUAUCACAGACUUUUGGAUAUGAAUAAACGAGGAGCGGAUGAUGAAGUUCUCGAGUUGAUUGCCGGACAAAUUCUGAAAAGAGAAGGCGAAUUGAAAGAGGAGGAGGCGGAAGAGAAGACGGAAUUGAAGAAGGAGAAGGAGGAAAUGGUCAAGUUAUUGGCCAGGAUCUCAGCCAAUCACCAGACACUUUCUCCCAAGGUAAACUGACGCUGAAUGUGAAUGCGUAAGAAGAAGUUGAGAAAUUUUCAGACUCUGCGAGUGUACGCUUUGCUCAAAAAGCCCACCGAACUGAGCGCGGAAACGAGAACGGAAUUCGAGAAAUAUGUUCAGUUGAUGGAGAAGAGUCUUGCGGCCGCCAACGGAAAACUGACGUGGCCGAAGGAAGAGAAUCUGGCUGUGAAUGUGGUCGAAACGGCGAUGCAGUUGGCUGAAGAUCGUCUUAAACUCGCACGAUUCAUCAAUUCGGAGACGUCCGUCAAAGAGGUGAACUUCAGAAGAACUUCUUUAUAAUUAUCAUAGUCCUAAUUCCAGGCAUCCGCAAAAGUGCGUCUCUCGCUACGUGGCAUUCUGACGCGUUUGGACAAGGAAGCCGGCGCUCGAGUGCCCGGAGACGAUGCUCAACGGCUCACGGAGCUGACUGAAGUGGCGAAGAGCCUUCUGGAGACAGUAGCCCUCUGA